UCAAAAACAGAAUAUUAAAACUGUGCACGAUAUAGGUAGCAUUUUAUGUAACAUGCAAAAUAGAAGUGUGCGAUUUGUCGGUUACCUGCGGCUAUGGAUAAUUAUGGAUUACAUUGAAGGUUAGUUACUUCGUCUAAAUUGUAUAUUAUAUUAUUUAGUCUGUAAAACUUUAGCAAAAAACCCGCAAUCUGAUUUCGAGACAAAUACAUUUGUAUGAGUAUGAGAUGUAUAACACUUAUGUGUACUAUAUUUUUUCUAAUAUUUCGAUACCAUUCUAAAAUAACUAGUUGCCUGCUUUGCCUGCAUGAUGCAUCGCAAUAAUUAAAAUUGUCGCCAGUUCUCCCCUACACCGAUCGCACUCUCGGGCCGGACGCGUUCAUAAUUCGAUGCAAUAUAUGCAGCCCUAUUUUAUUUAAUUAGUAAUGUUUUUUAUACUUAUUUGGUAAACUAAGAAUUUGUCUUUAUUCUGAUGUAUAUCAUACGUAGGUACGCUAUUGCAGAAAACCCUUGUAUUUUCCGCGAAUUGGGAAUCAAUAGCUAUUACGUACCUACUCGUCACACAUUUGCUAUUUACAUGUCUUGUAACAGUUGUAACUUAUGGGGAAGUGUUUACGAAAAUUCAGUUUGUUUAGGGAAAAAUGUGCUCUCUAGAAUUUAUAAACGAUUGCCAUCUUCUUACUUACGUAAGACUGAUACUUACUGAUAGGAGCAACUUUUGGCUUCCAUCUCCUUUCAUAACUUGUUGGUUUAGCGCAAUUCGACCGUCGUAUUUGGCAUAGCUAGAUUUUAAGUCUAUAAGUUUUGGAGUCAAAGGAAAAUGAUUUGAAAGAGAUUUUGGAAAACCCGUGUCAUGUGAUUUCAUCCUACUACUAGGACAAAAAAUAAAUAUAGGUAAAGUCCAUCGUUGUUUGAAAAUUGUAUAGCAUAAAAGCAAUUUGCGCGUGAACAGGGUGGGAAUGGCGAUGCGGAGUCAGGGCGGGCGCCGGUGGCUACGAAACGCGCCCCUCGCAACACGACGCAGGCGCGCGCCGCACAACCGAACCGACGCUCGCUGCUCCGGUUGGAUCGAUUAGAUAAACGCGCAACCCCGGUCUACGAAGUACGAGUUAAAUCAAUACGAAUUGUAUCGAUUUUCGCAGCCGCAGCCGCCGCACACCAGAUUUGAGGGUCGCACGCGGUGGUUGCGCCAUUGCUUUUUGGAUAUUAUUCAAAUUCAAACGUGUUUCUAAAUGGAAUUGUGAUGAAGACUGAUGUGAUGUAUUAUUAUGUGUCUUCUACAUAGUUCAAUAAACGGUGUUCACGAUGGUGUAAAAUGUAGAAUAUAAACAAGAAAAAUGACGUCUACGGACACGUACCAGUUGAAAUGGCACUCGCACAGUUCGCAUUUGAACGGCUCCGUGGCGGCGUUGCUUCGCUCGGAGCGGUUCACGGACGUGGUGCUGUGCACGUUGGACGGGUCGCAGAUACCAGCGCACAAGUUCAUUCUGAGCUCGUGUAGUGUGUAUCUGAGUGGCCUGUUCGAAGGACAGCGCUCUCAGACUCGGAUGGGCGGCCUGCUCUAUGUGGUGCUACCGUCUGAGAUCUCCGCUAAAGCCUUGAAGGUGCUCAUAGAGUACAUGUACAAAGGUGAAACAACAGUAUCAAAUGAAGUUCUAGAUACAGUACUGAAAGCAGGAGAGGUACUUAAGAUCCGAGGGUUGUGGAGACAGAGUGAUGAGUCCGGUGGGGAGAUACCGGCAGAGAAAGCAACUACAACCAAAGCUGUAGCUACAAACAAUACAUCUAAUAAAACAAAGAAAACUGAUGAAGUACCCAUACAACCCAAAAUAGCUAUUAAAAAGGAUGAUAAGUUGUUGAAAGCCUUUAACCCUGUGCAAGGAGGUCCAAGGCCCAUGUUCAUAGGCCCACCAAAAUUAGUAUUCAUCAAAACAGCUGAAGGCACAACUCAAGCAGCUAUCCGACCUGUAGCACCAAAGGGCCAAACAAUAUUAGUAGCAGCACCAACAGGUGUUGAAACAUCCACCGUUACCACGGUAACCACACCAUCCCCUACAACUUCUGGGGCUCCUUCAAAUGAUGAUUCUUCAGAGGAUCAGCCGACCCCUAGGAUAUUAAGACGACAUGCAGCUGAAAGGAAGUAUGGAAAGAGAACGAAGACUGGAACCAAAUCUGAUGAGGAUGCUAAAGAUGCUGAGGAACUGGACUCUAAAAAAUCGAUACAAAGUCCCGUGGAAACUGAAAUUCAGAUAAAGGAUGAGCCAGAAUGGGAUGCUAGUAGUAUAGAAGAGGAAGAGCGAUCAAUUGCUGAGAUGUUCCACGCUGAAAUGAGUGUCAAAUGUGAACCUGCUGAUGAAGUGGACAUUGAAGAGGAGAGCUUGACGUACAGCCCGCUGUCGUGCGAGCUGUGCGCGGAGACGUUCACAGUCCCGGCCGCGUGGGUGCGCCACGUCACGGCGCACGCGCGGGACGCCGCGCCCGCCGCGCGCAAGCGGAAACUGCGCUCCGACAGCGAUGACACGGAAGAAACACUGGCAUUACUAAGGUGUGACCUCUGCCAGAAGCACUUCCCCAAUCCGGCUGAGUGGGUGCGACAUAUACAGAACACUCACACCGAAUCAGAAUUGGCCAUAUCAAACAACAGUGUCCGACCAAAACGUCACAAUCGUUUCACAGACGGCGCGCAAAACAAGACAUGUUCCGUUUGUAAGAAAAUAUUCCCAUCGCAUGCAUCGAUGCAAAGACAUAUGCUAACACAUACUGGCGAGCGUCCAUUCUUGUGCGGGCUAUGCAACAAGGGCUUUAACGUGAAGUCGAACCUGCUGCGACACCUGCGCACGCAGCACGAGCAGGAGGUGCUGGGGCCGGGCGCGGGGCAGGCCGGGGCCCGGGGACCCGCCCGCGCCCCUGCCCGGGCCCUCCGACGUCAAGCGCGAGGCCUGAGGCCGCGGAGGGGGGGCAGGGAGAGGGCGCGGUCGUCGAGGAGCAUACAUGAAUGCAAUGUCCGACGAGAACCGCCGCGCCAUCGACAAGAAGAAGCCGCCGGCCGAGGAAACGGCCGCGGGUCUGCAGCGCAAGCAGAGCUACUCGCUCUUCCUCAAGCAGCGCGCGGUGCUCUUCUCUGCUAAGAAGUGGAAACAGUGAGACUCGGCAGCGCGACACGCUACACUAUUAUUUCGAUUAUUGUAAACGUUUCUUCUACUCUCGUUGAGUUCAAGUUACAAGUAGCGAUGUCGUGACUCGUCCGUUUCAUCACACACCUGCCCACCCUCCUUUUGUAUUACGGUUAUUUUAUAUUUAUAUUGAGUGACUUAUUUUUAUUUCUUAGUUAACAUUAAUAUUUUAAGUAUUUUGACUUCUAGUCACGUAAGCGGUAAGACUUAUAAUAUCCCUUAGUGUAUGCCUUUAUAUAGUCCCCUAUGUGUUUUAGCACUUUAAGAACAUAAUAUUGUGUGCACUUUGUUGAGAAUAUUAGUAUAAGAUCAACACAUCACCCUUGAAUAGAUCAGUUAUUAACAGUUUGAAGAGUUUUUAUACAUGAAAGCGCGAUAACUAGCGAAUCCAAACAUAUGUUGUGUUUUCCACAAGAUAUACAUAAUUACUGUAAAACAUUCCAUUAAUGUACCUUACUGUACCAUUAAGAUAUAAUAGAUUUCAUAUUUCAAAGUUCACAUUUACAGCCUACCAUUACUAAAAAGUUUGAUCGAUCUUUUGUUUUCUCGUAUUACCACACUGGUCGUAACAUCUUACUUCUUUUGUCCUUAAUUAUAAGAUUAAACUUGCAAUUUUUAAUUAAAUAUUUAUAGAUAUGUAUUCGUUGUAAGGACUUGGGUGCUUAUGAUUUAAGUGUUACUAUCACAGAUAUGACUUCAAUGAUAAAUAACGAUUUCACAAACUAAAACACUUAUGUACAAGUUAUGUGCAAAAUCUCAUUCGAUAAAAAUGGAUCUAAUUCAUUAUCUCAACUAAAUGUUUGUUUAGACGUAAUAGACGAUAGAUAUAAUUCAAGUAAACCAAUGUCGCAAUGUAACCAUACAUAGUUCCACACCUACAUAUAAGUGGGAAAAACAUUUAUUAGAUCCAAGUCCUUAGCCCUAGUCAGUCUCAUUUUGAUCUCUCGUCAAUAUUUUAUAUUGUAAAUGCUAUUGGGGAUAGAUUUGAUUAGAUGUAAGAACUAUUAUUGUGUAGAAAAUUCGUAUAAAAUUGCGAAGCUUUAAGUUCUGCAUUCCAUUUUGUUAGAAGUAAUAAUUUAUUUUAAUUGUGCAUGUGUAUCAACAGAUGCAUAUUUUAAUUUUCAUGGCAUUAAAUUCAAUACUCAUGUGAAACAUGGCCAUGACUUAAUUUGUACUAUUGUGGAGAAUAAAAGUGAUCUAUGAAUAA